UAAUGUACACCGGCAAUUAGUGAUAACUGCAGAGGAAAACCCGCGUCCAAGCUCUUCAUUCCCUCAUUUUUUCUUCUCGUUUCCAUAUCUGAUUGCGAAGGCUAGGGAUUGUUCUACUUUCGUGUGAAAUUGAACCACAAGGUGCGUCAAUAGUCAGAGAAUCAGAGAGGACGGUGACGGCGAAUCAGAGGCGGCGGUCGCUGAACACCAGCGUUGCAAUCCAGAGGAACCGGAGCUUGGUCAUGGUUCUGGUGGUUGUCCAUAUGGCGGUGCGAAAAGACGGCAUCGAUGCGACCGUCGUCAAUGUUGCGUUGGUGGCUUUGUUCACCUUCAGCAUUUGGCAGGGCAACAACAUGCAGAUGAUACAGUACACUACAGAAUAAGAACCUCUCUUUAGAAUGGGAGAAAAAACAAAAGGAGAAACAAGCAGCUUUAGAUGAUGUUUACCACUUGUUUCAAGGAAAGUCUGAAUACUAGAAAAUCAUGGUGUUCCAGUAAAUUUUGAAGUUGCAAUUACAUUAUUAGUAGUAGUCUUACUCUGAGCUUUUGUAAUUCUUGAUUUGUGUGUGGACUACGAAAUUGUCACUUCAGAGCGUAGAUUAUAAACAUAUGAUCUUGUGGUGUGAAGAUGUUUAGUUUACUCCUUAUAUGUUAUGUAGGUGGACUCUUGAAUCGCUUGAACUUAAAUUUUAGAAUAUUCAUGGUGGAAGAAUUGUACUUCACCCCAUCAAGAAUGUCCCGUCCGAAUUUGAGCAUGUGGAAAAAGGGGAUGCAUUGCAUGGUUGAAUCAACUAAGAUAUCUGAGUGUUUGGCACUUUGAUCAAAGACUGCUUCAUGAGGAAGAUGCUGCUUGAUCUUGAAUAUCCUUCUUUUUAGUCUUUCUUCACAUUUGGUUAGUAAAGUUCUGAGUUGUUUUUUGUUGUAGAAUAAUAUUCAAGUGUUUUAAUUAAAUAAUGGCAAUGCCUAUUCUGAAUCUAGGGUAAUUGACAAGAAGUUUCUAUAUCUACUCAUUCUGCUCAUCUAUUUUAGAGCUUUUGUUUGUCUCUUCAUUUGGUUUAAUAUCUGGAAUUAAAAAGGUACCACCUCUCAUUUUGCUCAUCUAUUUUAAUUAAAUAAUGACAAUGCCUAUUCUGAAAGGGCUCUUGCAAGGGUACUGAUUUCAUACAUAUAGAAAUCAAGGGAGGUCUGGUUUAACUUAUAUAUGCAAGCCUCUUGUACAGCACACUUACAACUUUAAGUGAACCUGUCUUUCUGAUCUUGAGAGACGAAACACGUGUGAAUCCACAAGAAGAGCAAAAUUAUGCAGAGCUAUGCUUCAGGGAAUUUAGUGACAGGGUUAAGCACUGGAUCACAGGUCAUUAUGUUCCUUUGCUGGCUCAACUUGUUUGCCGUACAAACAAGGGAGUCAAUAAUCCAAAUAUAAAUUUUAAGGGAUUUAUGGUAAUGCAUUGACUGGCAAGGGCAUUGGUGCAACUGUGCAAGUCUACUAAAUGUGACCUGGUCACGGCGGCCGGAGCUAAAUCGGCGGCAAGGACGGUUUCCAAAAAAAAAAACAUAAUUUUGAGCGCUUCCAUAGGAAGAUUUUCUGGCGAAAGACAGAAACCAAACCUCGCUCAAAGUUCAUGGACGGCAUACAGCUUCUGUUGCAGCUGGAAACCAUUAAACGAGAGGUUGAUGAAAGAAGAAGCAUCUCUAGCCCUGCUGGUAAUCCCAACAUACUCUACCUAGGAUCUGCAGGAAAUAGUGAAGGAGAAGUUAAAUUUAACCUUAAUGAUGCGUAUGUAAGUCAAGUUGGAUGGGCAAUCUAUGCUGAAAAAGUGUUGCUUUGGGACUCAGACACAGGUCAACUCACUGACUUCACAACACAUUACACCUUCAUUAUUGACACUCAAGGUCAAUCUAAGUAUGGCCAUGGACUUGCCUUUUUUCUUGCUCCAGUUGGAAUUGAAAUCCAACCAAAUUCAGCUGGUGGCUUUCUUGGCCUAUUCAACACCACAACUAUGUUUUCAUCAUCCCAUAGCAAAAUUGUUCAUGUGGAGUUCGAUUCUUACCCAAAUCCUGAAUUUAAUGAAACGGUGCAGCAUGUGGGAAUCAACAAUAACUCAGUAUUUUCAUCAAAAUGGACACCUUGGAAUGCUAGCUUACACAGCACAGACACUGCUGAUGUAUCAAUUAGCUACAAUUCAGCAACCAAGAAUUUAAGCGUGUCUUGGAAAUAUCAGAUCACUUCUGAUCCUCAAGAAAUAACUAGCCUUUGGUAUCAAAUUGAUUUGAGUAAGGUCCUUCCUGAAUGGGUUACAGUAGGAUUUUCUGCAGCAACAGGUUCGGUCUUCGAAAAGCAUAAUCUUCUGUCAUGGGAAUUCAACUCCACCUUGGAAAGUAGUAAAAGUAAUACAAAGAAGACAAGGUUAGCUGUGAUUGUAUCUGUCUCUUGUGGUGUUAUAGUACUGCUAGCCAUAAUUGCAAUUGCAACAUAUGCAUUAUUUUGGAGGAAGAGAAAGAAAAGCGAAGAUGAGGCUAUGAAUUUAACAUCAAUGAAUGAUGACAUUGAAAGAGGAGCAGGGCCAAGGAGAUUCUCCCACAGAGAACUCGCUUCCGCUACCAAUAACUUCUCCAGAGACCGGAAACUCGGUCAAGGUGGGUUUGGAGCGGUUUACAGAGGCUACUUUGCUGAUUCAGACUUAACAGUUGCUGUGAAGAGAAUCUCAAAAGGGUCAAGACAAGGGAAGAAAGAGUAUCUAACAGAAGUGAAAGUCAUCAGCCAACUCCGGCACCGGAAUCUCGUGAGACUAAUCGGUUGGUGCCAUGACCGAGGCGAGUUUCUCCUCCUUUAUGAGUUCAUGCCAAACGGAAGCCUUGAUGCUCAUUUAUUUAGUAAGAGGAUAACACCUCUUGCUUGGAGCGUGAGGCACAAGAUAGCUCUUGGAUUGGCCUCUGCAGUGCUUUAUUUACAUGAAGAAUGGGAAAGAUGUGUGGUCCAUAGAGAUAUCAAGUCAAGCAAUGUUAUGCUAGAUUCUAGUUUUAAUGUGAAACUUGGUGACUUUGGGCUGGCUAAGCUCAUGGACCACGAACUGGGCCCCCAAACAACUGGGCUUGCUGGAACAUUGGGCUACAUGGCUCCAGAAUAUGUGAGCACAGGGAGGGCAAGCAAAGAGUCUGAUGUGUAUAGCUUUGGGGUGGUUGCUUUGGAAAUUACUACAGGGAAAAAAGCUGUUCAUGUGAUGGAGGAUAGAGAUGGAGAUCAAAAGGGAUUGAUUGAGUGGGUUUGGGAUCAUUAUGGCAGAGGAGAGGUAGUUAUGGCUAUGGAUGAGAGUUUGCAGAAGGAUUUUGAUUUGAAACAGGUUGAGUGUUUGAUUAUUGUGGGACUGUGGUGUUCUCACCCUAAUGUGAAUCUCAGACCGUCGAUAAGACAGGCAAUUCAAGUACUUAAUUUCGAGGCUGCUAUGCCAAACCUUCCUCCGAAAAGGCCGGUCGCGACUUACAAUGCUCCUACACCAUCUGUAAGCUCCGUAGAACCAUCCAUAACCACUAGCCUUCAUAUUGGUCGUUGAUUGAUACCGCCUCAACGAUAUCCUGCUGGUUAAACUAAGGCGCUUGGACCCUAAAUAGUAGAUCUAGCUAGAUUGCGAGGCAAUAGUUGAAGACUGAAAUGGUAGCUAGGUCACUGUAUUUUCAUGUCGAAUAGUAGGUUCUUAGGUGUUCCAUUUUAUAAAGAAAAUGUAGUAUCCGGCCGUUACAAUACUUGUUACCUUUUGCCCCCCGUCCCCUGGGAUUCUGGGAUUGCAAUACUGUUGACUGCACAUUACUUCCCAAUUUCCUGAAUUUCAAUUUUAUAGAUAAUAUUGGAUAUGUAAUUUGCUCUACUUUUCUA